AAGAAAGCAAAACUAGUCUUCCAAAGGAAUCACCAACUGCAGAGGAACAGGAGGAAGAAGUAGAAAAGAAAAUAUCAGAAACUUUCUUCUAUAACUAUGAAGAUAUAUGUUCACGGCCAUUUGUCACCGAAGACUCUGGGAUACCAAUUAACCUUCUUACUCUCAAACAUUCUUUUGGAUAUGACUGCACCAGAAGUGUAAACCUGCUGCUGAUGGAUAGCCAAACACUGAUGUAUAUUGCAGGCAACCAAGUGGUGCUCAUGGACCUGAAAACUGAAGCUCAAAGUUAUCUCCGGAGCAGCAGUGGUGGUGGAAUUGGUUUUAUCACGGCGCACCCUACUAAGCAGUACUUUGCAGUAGGAGAAAAAGGAAAGAAGCCAAACCUCAUCAUCUAUGAUUAUCCUUCUCUGAGGCCCUACAGAAUACUGCAAGGUGGAACAGCGGAAGCCUAUGUUUUUGGUGAUUUUAACAAUGCUGGCACUCUGCUGGCCAGUGUUGGGAGCAGCCCUGACUACAUGCUGACUAUCUGGGACUGGAAACAAGAAAAGAUAGUGUUGAGGUCAAAAGCUUCUUCACAGGAUGUUUACAAGGUCACAUUUUCUGCUGAUAAUGAAGAGCAACUAACCACAUCUGGAGUAGGACACAUCAGGUUCUGGAAGAUGGCUCUCACAUUCACUGGUCUCAAGUUACAAGGAGCUUUGGGCAGGUUUGGCAAAACAGCAGUGACCGACAUUAUAGGUUAUGUGGAGCUGCCUGAUGGGAAGGUUGUCUCAGGGACUGAGUGGGGCAACUUGCUGCUUUGGGAAGGGGGCCUAAUUAAAGUGGAACUCUGUCGAGCGGGACACAAGCCCUGUCACAGUGCCCCUGUCAGCCAGUUAGUUCUGGAUGAAGGAGAACUUGUCACUGUUGGAAAAGAUGGCUUCAUUCGGGUGUGGAACUUCGAGACAAUAGAUGCUGCAGAUUGUGUGGAUGACACGGGGUUACUGGAGGUGGAGCCUAUGAAUGAACUUCAUGUUGGCAGGAAUGUCAGCCUGAGUUUCAUGUCAAAAGUUCAUGACUGUGGACAGCCUGUUUGGUAUGCUCAGGAUGCCAAUGGUGCAAUCUGGAAGCUGGAUUUGACUUUUUCAAAUAUGACCCGUGAUCCAGAGUGCCUGUGUACCUUUCACUCUGGAAGGAUUGAGGCCAUGAGUGUCUCUCCCGUUACAUACCUUAUGGCCACCACUGCUCUUGACCGGUCAGUGCGUAUCUAUGAUUUCAUCAGCAACAGUCAACUGAGUGAAAUUAAGUUUAAACAAGGAGGAACAGCACUGACGUGGGCACCUCGUGUUGUGAAUCCGAAAGGAGGUCUGAUUGCUGUGGGCUUUGAAGAUGGUGUUGUCCGCAUAAUUGAAGUUUAUGAUCCCAAAGGACUGCCUGUUCUUGCAGGACACACCAAAAGAGAGAAUGCAGAGAUAAAUCUGAAACAAGCUUUCAAACCUCAUGCUACUGCAGUUACAGCCUUGGCGUAUGAACGAAACGGAGAUGUGCUCGCCACAGGGAGUGAAGACAAAACUGUUUUCUUUUUUGCUGUUGAAGAUGAAUAUAAGCCAAUUGGAUUCAUCUGUGUCCCUGGGCCUGUGCAGGCAUUACAGUGGUCUCCACCUUCUCAUGUGAAAAGCACGCUGCUCAUCCUUUGUGGGAAUGGCUUUGCUCUGCAGGUUCCUGCCCCUGUCCCUGAGGAACAGGAGACAGUGUCCACCUAUCAAAUAAAAAACCUGCCAACGCAGUACUUCCAUUUUUAUAGUAUUAAAUCCCGAAUCAAGCUGGAAGAGGAGAUUGCACUGAGAGAGGCAAAAAGGCGGGAGAAGGAGAAAGCAAAGCUUGAAUGGAUAAAGCAGCAACAGGAGAUGGGAAAGGAGAUAGAAGAAGAACCUGAAGAGGAAGCCAAAGAAGAGCCAUUGCCACCUCUUUACAUACCAGAGGAGCCCAGUCCCAUCCUCUGUGGGUUUUAUUCAUCGCCAGGAAAAUUUUGGCUUUCCUUGGGUGGGUAUGACUCAGGGUUCCUCUAUCAUUGUGAAUUCUCCUCGAAUGAUCACCAGGAAGACCCUGAAAACAGGCAAGAUGAACCCUUUGAAGUGAUUCCUAUUGAGGACACUGACAACAAUCCCAUCCACCAAAUCUCCUUCUGUACCAGCAGACUGCUGAUGUUCUGUGGGAUGCAGAAUGGUGCACUGCGUGUUUAUCCUCUCCAAGAUAAAGACUUCUCAGUGAACACCCUGAAGGAAUACUGGUCCUUCAACGUACAUGACAAUGAUUAUGGCCAGAUCCAGGGGAUCUGUUCUAGUUAUGAUGACAGGUUUCUGAUCACCUGUGGUGGAGAUGGAAACAUUUUCACUUUCAACAUCUUGUCUCCAGAGGAUGUUCACAAAGAACUAAAAGCCAAAAUCCCCUCUCCUAGGAGUGGUCUUGAGAAGGAGAAGGCUACUGAAGACAUUGAGGAUCCCAAUGCCUACAACAUUGAGGAAGUCAAGCAGAAGAAGGAGUAUGAACGGAAAAUGAAGGAAGCUGAAGAGAAAAAAAAAAAGAAAAGAGAGGAGUUAAUUGCACUGAGGCAUGAGUUUGUUUCUCUUCUUCAAAAGAAUCAGGAGUUGCCCAAGCACAUGCAGCUGCACAGAGAGCAGUACGAGAUGGACCAUAGGAUCUUUGAGGAGCUUGAUAGGCAGACAGCACAGAGAAUCCAGUUAGUGCAAAAAGAGCUGGCUUGGGAACGGGAGAAACACUUGAUUGGACUGCAAAAACUACGAAAUCAGUUUCGGAACUCACUGGAAUUUGACACUGUUGUUGUUCAUGCUAUUCAAAGCAAUCAUCAAAUUUCCACCUACAGACUUCUAGCAAUGUCUGAGCAAUACUGCCAAGACAAGAAACAUGCUGGAAUUUUUGAGGGCAAGGCUGAAGAGCUGAAGACGUCGGAGGUCCGAAAGCCAACCACACAUUAUAUAGAAAGGAAACGUGAGCAAAUCAGAAGAACUCUUGAGAAAUCUGAUGAGGUGAAAGCUAAGAUCAUGAAGAGGAAGGCAGAGUGGAAUGCAUUAUACAAGAGCAAGCCUAGUGAUGACUAUGAGAAUCCCAAGGAUGUUGAGGACAUCAGAGAAGCACAGGAAAAUAUGGGAUGUUAUAAGCUGAAGACUGCCACUAACUACAGUGUCCCUGAACACAAGCGUAUGAACGCUGAGAAGAAGGUGAUGCAGCUUGCAUCGCUGGAAGUAUUGAUCCAUAAGAGGAAAGUGAAUAUGAACAAAGAGAUCAUGUCUUUGCGAGAUCUCAAGGUUUCUAUUAUUGAUGAAAUCAAGUGUUUAGUACAAGAACUGAAAUCCAUACAGGCAGCCUUGGAUUUAUCAGAACAUCUUCCUCUUCCUCUGAUCCCUCACUUACACCCAGAUGAGGUUCCUGAAAAAAAAUUUGAGUAUGACACCGACAUCCUCCUGAAGUUCAAAGAGGAACAGAAGGCCAAGGCAAAGCUCCAGGAACAAUUGGAAGCGUCUCCCUCAUCUCAUGCAUUUAGGCAUGGGUUUCUUCGAGCUCCUUCCAUUAAAGAGAUUGACCCCCUGGCACAGGCUGCAGGUGCACGCCUGAUGAAAACAGCAUCGUCUGUGGUCACAGAGCAGCAAAAGGUUUUUGAGAUUGAGAAGGCAGAGCCAACAGAAAUGGAACUGGAAAUUUUAAAGAGGGAGAAGAUAAAAAAUCUGUACUUGCAGGAGAGCUUGAUUAAAAAGAUCAAUGCACUGGUGAUCAACUUUGAUGCUGAGCUUCGCUUUCUGCGGCACAAGAAGCUGAAGCUGGACGUGGAAAUGAAAAGUGCUGACCUGCGGUACAUCACAUGGUAUGAAGAGCUGCUUAUCCUGAAGAACCUUGAGAAGCACGAGAACCUUCUCCAUGGGCGUCUUAACACUCUCAUCAGUGAACAGGAGGCCUUGCAAUCAAAAUUGAAGAGCUACCUUGCACAGAUGGAGGACAGAAAAUGUGAGAUUGUAAAGCUUCAGGAAUGUGAGAAAGCUCUUUAUGCCAGCUUCCAAGCAUCCCUUGGAGAAAAUAAUGAGUUUGCCCAUUUUCUGACCAAGGUUCUGAAGAGGAAAAUCACAUGCACGGAAAAAAAAGAAGUAGGAGGAGAAGCAGAUGAAGAAGAUGACAAUGAAGGGGAGAAGGAUGAAGAGUCCAGCUUGGGGAUUGAUGAAGAAAAUCCUGGAUGUGAAGAGGAGGACUUUGAUUACUCUGUUUGUCCAAAAAACUGCAGUGAGGCACUCUUCCAAAAUACCAUCCAGCUCCGGGAGAAGCGGUUAGACUUUGAGAAAGCUUUGACAGAGGAGAUGAAAAUUGCUGCUAAACUCAGAAAGAAAUAUGAUGCUUUGGUCAAAAAGGCAAAAGUAGUGGAAACCAGUCUGGAAACCACAGACAAGGAACUGGAGACCUUUCAGUGGGAAAAGCAGCAGAGAUUGAAUGAGCUAUAUGUAGUUGUGCCUUUGAAACUCCAUCAGGUGGAGUACUUGGUUAACGGGGAGAUGCCCAGUGACUUCUCCCAGGCUUUGGUAUUUACCAACCAGUCCUUAGAGUAUCUGCAGAAAAGAAUUGUGGAUCUGCGUAAUGAAAAGAUAAUGCAGAGAGAGAUCUAUAAGAAGGCCCAGGAGCAACAUAAGCAGCUCGUCCAGGACAAAAAGGAGAUGGAGAUAAAUAUCCGACGACUGGAAGAGAAGUGCAAUCAUCUGAUGAUGAAGAAGUUUGGCCGUCUGGUUGAUUUUGAAGCCGUUCAAGCACACUCUGUUAACAUACGCAUGGAAGAGUUGGAAGUGCAAAUAAUGGAGAAGGAAUACGCGCACUCCCAGGAGCUCAAAAAGUGGGAGGAAAGAAUCUCAGCCCUGCAGCAGCAGCUAAUGAAGCUGACAAAGGAAAACACCAGCAAGCUGCAGCAGCUGAACCGGUUCUGCCUUGAAAAGCAGCAACUCGACACUAAGCUGGAUUCACUGAAAAAUGAUCUGGGAGUAGAAUUUCAGGGCACUCGAACUAGUGACAUCAAAGAGAAGGCCAGGCUGGAGUCACGUCUCAAGCACAAGGCUCAUGACACAGCCCUCCUAAGAGAAGAAAUCAAUCUUUUAAGCAGAAAAGAUGGGUGCUUAAGAGAAGAACUCGCUCUCCUUAGCAGAAAAGAUGGGUUCCUCUUUCUACAACCUUCAUCACCGCAGGACUCUGAGACACCAACUGUAUCGCUCCCUGUUCUUACACCAGAAACGGUAACUAACAGUGCAAGUAUCUCUUAA